AUGAGGCAGGAUGGCCAAUGGGGGCCUCAAGAAUACUCGAGGUGGCUGCAGAUGUAUGACUGCAAGGUCAUCCACCACAUGUGCAUCCCGACUUUGCAGAGCAUGGUGGAGGCGGAUGUGAUGGUGCUGUGGGAUAAGAUAUGGGUAUGGGAAUGGGAGGUGGACACCACAUGCGGCGUGCCCGAGCUGGGCUUCCUGGUGGAGGACAAGCUGAAAGAACUCACCGAGACGGCCCUGCAUGUGACACACAGAUUCAAACACAAGCUUGGCGAAUAG